UCCUCAUCAGCGGUUGAUUAAAGGCGGUGGGGGUAGGGAUCAAACGCGCCGCAUCUCCAAGUGUGUGUGUGUGUGUGUGUGUCCCCAUGUGUGUGUGUGUGUGUCCGAGUUGAGGCAGCCCGCACUGAGCUGACUGAGGGAAAACUAGCUUAGCUGAAAAAAAAAAAAAAAGAGCAAAAAUGGCCGGUGGGAGCUCUCUGGAUGCUGUGAAGAAGAAAAUCAAGUCGCUGCAGGACCAGGCCGAUGUGGCGGAGGACCGGGCGGCGUUACUUCAGCGGGAACUGAACCAGGAGAGGAGCGCGAGGGAAUCAGCUGAGAGUGAUGUAGCUUCCCUGAACAGACGUAUCCAGCUGGUUGAGGAGGAGUUGGACCGUGCUCAGGAGCGUCUGGCGACAGGGCUGACCAAGCUGGAGGAGGCUGAGAAGGCUGCUGAUGAGAGCGAGAGAGGCAUGAAGGUCAUUGAGAACAGGGCGAUGAAGGACGAGGAGAAGAUGGAGCUGCAGGAGAUCCAGCUGAAGGAGGCCAAACACAUUGCAGAGGAGGCUGACCGCAAAUACGAGGAGGUGGCACGUAAGCUGGUGAUCAUUGAGAGUGACUUGGAGCGUACAGAGGAGCGCGCUGAGCUGUCUGAAAGCAAAUGCGCCGAGCUCGAGGAGGAGCUGAAAACUGUACAGAACAACCUGAAGUCUCUGGAGGCCCAGGCAGAAAAGUACUCGCAGAAGGAGGACAAGUACGAGGAGGAGAUCAAGAUUCUCACAGACAAAUUGAAGGAGGCUGAGACUCGUGCGGAGUUUGCUGAGAGAUCCGUCGCCAAGCUUGAGAAGACUAUUGAUGACCUGGAGGACCAUCUAUACAAGCAGAUUGAGAAAAACCGCCUUCUGACCAAUGAACUGAGCGUAGCCUUAAACGAGGAUUAAACUGGAAUGGGCUUUCGUAUUCUUUCAUUCUUCUGAAUCUCAAACGUCCAGGCAUAUUGUCUAAUGCUCUGAUAUAUAUAUAUAACAAAAGGGUAUCGACAACUGUGUCUAUGACGCACAGCUUAAACCAAGUAAUGCUUGGGGAAUACAAUGUAUGCUUUUCACAUUAUGCAUGCUCCAACUGCAGUUUCAGAUGGGAGGUCGGACACCCUCAGGCUAUGAGAAGUUGCAGAAUGGAUUUGAUAUAUUUACCCAGUUAUCGACAGGGCUGUAGCAUCUGCUCUGUACUGUACUGCUCUGUACUGUACUGCUCUGUACUGUACUGCUCUGUACUGUACUGCUCUGUACUGUACUGCUCAUGGGGUGAAGACCAGUGAGGAUGCUAGUAGGCGUCAUCUGAGGAAGGCUCAUAAAAUGCAGCAAGGGGUGCAGAAUGUCUUGUAUGUCCCAGAAUCCUCUUCUUCAACGUUAUAAUGGCUACCCAGAAAGAGGGACAAGUUUGAAUAUGAAUUCACAAAUCUAAAGCGGACUAGUUCUUGAAGAUAUGUUGUCGUAUAUUAUUGGAAGGUAUAUGAAACAUGUCAACAACAGCUUUCAGAAAUGUGGCGGUACAACGUUGAGCUUUAGACGGAUUAAAAGCUGUGAUAAAUAAUUAUAUAGAGGCAAAACAAUAUAAGGGGUAGUUGUGGAGGGGGAUACUUGGUGACAUAAAGGGGGAAGGUUUUCUAUGACUGUCUCAUGUGCAGUGAAAUGAUGCAAACAUUUGUUUUUGUUGUGUUGAUUGACCUGCAACUGCUUGCAGAGGGCGCUUAGACUUGAUGAUGUAGGUCUGAUCCUUUGUCCUGAUUCCAGCUCGUGAACUUGUGCAGCCCUGUCUAUAGCUCGAGUAUAAUAUUUACAGUGAGUUGGCUCGGAUAUGUACUAAAUGAACGCUAACUGCGUGGCAUUUCUCACACUGCAAGGUUUGUAACAAUAUCCAGCACAUGUCUAACACGGUUUGUUUCUCUGGGCUAUAAGCUUUGUCUGUUUUUUUUAUAUUGUGUGCAUCUUUGGGCUGUUUUUGUUUUUUAUGAUUUUUAACCGAUGCAAUGCUAUUAUUAACAGAUAAACUCACACGUACUAAAGAAGAGGGCCUGAACGUAAAGCAGAUGCUGGAUCAGACUCUAAUGGAGAUGGUUAACCUUUGACCCAGCUCUGUUCCUCUCCCCACGUUGCCUCAUCUGCUCUGAAUAUGGCGGGCUCCCAUAUAUGGCUGCUACAAAUGAUGUUGGGCCUUGUGUUGAUAUGUGUCCUCUGACCUUGUCAUCCUGAAGAAAUGAGCUCUACUCAUGGUAGCACACACGUCUUCGGUGAGCUACAGUUAACACUGUUUCUGUUCCACACUGUCAUCAAAGGUCAGCUAAAGUUCACUGCAUAUCAUUAAUACGUUUACAUGUAUAUGUUGGGAGAAUUUGCACUUUUUGGGGGGAAACAUAUUGCACAUAAUCAUCGUCAACAAAGCCAUACAUUUAGCCAAGGUUAUAUAAAAGGGACUUUUAUGUAAGGUUGCUUGUGUGUGUCUUUAGUUUCUUCUGUAUUGUAAACAUGUGUUCCAUGUCAGCGAUGUACACUUGCAGGUUAGCAAGGAAGGAAUUCUUAGCACAGUUGCUUGAAUGUACUGUUAUGAUCAGCGUAGUAAAAGAUGUUUGCACACUGUACUCACAUUUCUGUUCAUUUUAUUUUAUUUUGUCUUUUCCCAUUUUAUCUUGGAAAUGUAAAGAUCAUGAAUAAAUGGAUCAAGUAUAAUUUA